CGAGCGCCUGUGCAUAGGAUGCGGUAUCUGCCCCAAGAAGUGCCCCUUCGACGCCAUCAACAUCAUCAACUUGCCCACGAACCUCGAGACUCAAGUCACGCACCGAUACUCGGCCAACAGCUUCAAGCUGCACAGGCUGCCCAUGCCCCGUCCGGGCCAGGUGUUGGGAUUGGUCGGCACAAACGGUAUCGGAAAGAGCACGGCACUGAAGAUUCUGAGCGGCAAGCUGAAGCCCAACCUCGGCCGCUACGAUAACCCCCCAGACUGGGAGGAGAUUCUGAAGUACUUCCGUGGAUCGGAACUGCAGAACUACUUCACCAAGGUCCUCGAGGACGAUCUCAAGGCUGUCGUCAAGCCUCAGUAUGUCGACCAGAUCCCCAAGGCCAUCAAGGGAACGAACAAAGCAGUCGGUCAUCUCAUCGAGAGCCGUUCCCAGAUGGACAAUCUCGAGGAGAUCACCGAGGUCUUAGAGCUAAAGCAUGUGUACGAGCGUGAUGUGACACUGCUUUCCGGUGGAGAGCUGCAGCGUUUCGCUAUCGGUACCGUCUGUGUCCAAAAGGCAGAUGUGUACAUGUUCGACGAGCCUUCCUCCUUCCUUGACGUAAAGCAGCGUCUUGCCGCCGCACGCAUGAUCCGUAGCCUGCUCCGCCCUGACGACUACGUCAUCGUCGUAGAGCACGAUCUGUCCGUGUUGGACUAUCUUUCCGACUUCAUCUGCGUCCUUUACGGCAAGCCUGCCGUCUACGGCGUAGUCACCCUCCCGGCCUCCGUGCGUGAGGGAAUCAACAUCUUCCUCGAUGGUAACAUUCCCACCGAGAACCUGCGUUUCCGUGAGGAGUCCCUGCAGUUCCGUAUCGCUGAGGCUGGUGACGAGUUCCUUACCGACAAGUCCAACGCAUAUGGCUACCCCAAGAUGGCUAAGACACUCGGCGACUUCCAUCUGGAGAUCGAAGCAGGCCAAUUUACUGACUCUGAGAUCAUCGUCAUGAUGGGUGAGAACGGUACCGGAAAGACCACCUUCUGUAAGAUGCUUGCCGGUGCCCUGCAGCCUGAUGACGGCAAGAAGAUCCCGCCCAUGAACAUCAGCAUGAAGCCGCAGAAAAUCACGCCCAAGUUCACCGGCACCGUCCGCCAGCUCUUUUUCAAGAAGAUCAAGGCUGCCUUCCUCAGCCCGCAGUUCCAGACCGACGUCUACAAGCCCCUCAAGAUGGACGACUUCAUUGACCAGGAGGUUCAGAACCUGUCCGGUGGUGAACUGCAGCGUGUCGCCAUCGUACUUGCACUCGGCAUGCCCGCCGACAUCUACCUCAUCGACGAGCCCUCGGCCUAUCUCGAUUCGGAGCAGCGUAUCGUCGCCGCCCGCGUCAUCAAGCGCUUCAUCAUGCACGCCAAGAAGACCGCCUUCGUCGUCGAGCACGACUUCAUCAUGGCCACUUACCUCGCGGACCGCGUCAUCGUCUUCGAUGGCCAACCGGCCAUCUCUUCCCGCGCAAACACACCCGAGUCCCUCCUCACCGGCUGCAAUAAGUUCCUCAAGAACCUCGACGUCACCUUCCGCCGCGACCCUAACUCCUACCGCCCCCGCAUCAACAAGUUCAACUCCCAGCUCGACCAGGAGCAGAAGCUCCACGGCAACUACUUCUUCCUCGAGGACGAGGCUUGAAGGCACCCAGGGCGAGACCUACGAUCCGCGGCCCCCGCACCGCCCGACGGGGCAGGCGGGGCGCCGUGCAACGAAGCGCGGCUGUAAGAAGCGCGGGCUGAGGGCGCGGCUGGGCACGCUGCUCGAGGAAGAGGGUGCGGCGGAUGAAGACGACGAGCACGAUGGCAGCGCAGUGCGGCGGUCGUCCUCCUGCGCUAUGUACGUGCUGGCCACCGAGUCGUGGCUGUGUAGUUGAGAGCGUAGCACGGGUCAAGUUAGGGGA